GAUUAUUCAUGUUGAAGUGGCGGCGGGAAUGGACAAUACGGUGUGUCACGUAUUUGCGGCUGCACCUUUUCUUCAGACUUUCAAUCCUUGAAGUUUUCGAUCAUGACAUUCGGUUCCAAACUCUUUCCACCUUCGCCUUCUGGUUUUACUGCCACCUUGUCUUUCUCUUCCUUUCCUCUGAAUUCGCAAUCUCAUAACCCUACGCAAAACGCAUAUCAGAUUCUGACCUUCGGGUACUGGGUUCUGAGCUUUGUGGUAGGAAUUCAACAUCAUGGGUUUCAAGCGAGUGGCCAUCGCGCUGCUUUUUCUGGCAACCUCAGACCUCGCUGGAGCUUUCGGCUGGAUACCCCAGUCACUAUCAAGCUCAACUACUACUGGGGGCAGCAUAGAGGUACCACCUGGCCAUAGCUCGUCGCAGCCGCAUCAGACAUACCGCCGCCCCCUCACGUCAUAUGAAGUCGCUCUUAACGAAUUGCAGCAACUCGAGUCUGAGCCCGUAUGCCAUCGUACCGCAGCUAGACUACUUGUAAACAACUGCCAGGUCCUAGAUGGCAAGGACGAGGCGACGGUUUUGACCGACAGUGGCAGACAGAUUCGCGACUUCGUCGAUGCUUACGCAGCUAGCUUGGCGAUAUGCGACCUUGAGCGAGGUAGUUUCACGAUUCCGCCUGAGUGUUACAAGUUCAGGGAGCCCGCCCUGAAGCAUCUGUCUAUUGGUCAAACUGCUUUCCUUCAUGUCAGUACGCAAGAAAUUGACCGUUGUCUCUCAGGUCUUGGCUCGUCGGACUCUGGCUGGAACACUUGGAUCAGCUAUCGUCACAAGGCUUUGCGGUUCUGCGAAGCUGCUCGCGCAGAUAAUGAGAAAGCCGAGCAUAUUCGAAUUUUCCAGCGUCUCGCCAAAACCAUGAGUAGAUUGAAUGACGACAUGGAGGAGCAGCUAGACAGGCGCAUGGCCGAUCUCGACUCUCGAACUCAGGUUGCAACAGAACACCUGGAUCGUUUAUCACCUCAACUGGAUCGCAUAGGUACUAGUCUUGAUGGUCUAGAAGACCUCAUCUCUGGCGAUCUCGCUAUAGCUCUUCAGAGGUCAACCGAUAACGUCAAUGAUGGCAUUGAUAGUGCCGCAAACCUUCAAAGGGCUCUUGAAAUUCUGAUGCAAACUGUUCUUGCAACGAAUUCAGAAGCUGCAUCUGCCCAUGAGCGGUCAAUGGAGGUCGUAACUCAUAAGGCAGACGCGCAGCUGGCUACUAUCAUGACGGCGAUGACUUCCGCGGUUGCCUCUGCGGCUUCCCUACAAGAUCAGAUAGAAUCAGCGCAUGUUCAAAGUGCACAACUCGAAUACCGCCAAGCCCAUCUUGAAGAGGGAAUGGUACGCCUCAUAGAUAUGACUGAGUUUCUCACAAUAAAGUACGAUCAGCAUACUCAUAUUCUCUACGAGGCACAGAAUAUGACAAAUAAUAUCCUGGAUACCCUCGAGGACACAGCAGCAUCGGCCGCUAUCAUUGGCGAUGCAUUUUCAAAGCAGUCGUCAGCGACCUCUUGGUGGCCGUACAUCUGGUGUCCAGCAGCGUCUCUCGUCAUGGGCUCGUAUGGUCUUCCGCCUUCUGCGAUGCGUAAUAUAGCUCUGGUAGCACUUGGCGAAGCAGCAGGCUUCCUGGUUUCAUCUGUGCAGUUACUCUCGCUCACCCUUCCCUCAUUUAUGAGCCUAGGUUUCUCCAGCACCCUCGCACACAUUACGACUCUAGCUUCACCUACAGCAACAGCCACAAGCAGUAACCUCACAUCAUAACCUCUCUCGUUUCAGAUUUCUCACAUACAUAGCUUUUCACACAUUAGUUCUAGGAGACGGUCUGUAGCUGGGGCAAGGCUCUUAUCAUAUCAUUUCGGGUGGAAUGGCUUAUUUUGCCGAUUAAGGAGAAAGGUGCGGCGGACAGAUAUGGGUAGAUAAAAGGCAAGCUGGAGUUCAGAUAUGCAGUCUCUGGUCAUUUUGAUUUCACAGUAUCUCAUUAGCUGGUUGG